AUGGCCAUCCCCAAUAAGACGGCUGCUUCUGGAGGGGAAUUCUCUCUGGACAGAUUGGUAGCAUACCUACAAGGAGCUAUAAAUGCCAUCCAAAGGUCUCCGCGUUAUACUCUGGUUGUUGCUUCUCGUCAGCGCAAAUCACUCAUCGGACAAAAGGCCUUCAAACAUUUGUUACACACUUUUGUCAGUGGUGACGUCGACGCGCCUCGAGAAUGGAGUGGCCAACUCAUUCUCGAGUUGGUUCGGAAAUCUAAGGAUAAUGGGAGCCUCCGAAAACUUGGUGAGACUGUUCUGAGCGAACCGGAAUACGUUCUACGAUUGUUGGCUGCUGUAAUUAUCCAAGAUAUGGUUGCUUCACAGGUCAAACCCUGUAUCUUUUGGCCUCCGGGCACACCGCAACCAGUCAUGGACAUGUUUUCAUCAGGAACCCUGAUCGAUUCAAGCUGGAUACAGAGGUUCAAUCACUUUGCUUCUGGUCGGGAUUCACAGCCAAGACCAGAUAUUCAAAAUACGAUGCAUAUCGUCCAAUCUAUCAAUACUGGAACAUGGAGUAUUGGUUACAGAAACUGUUCGAUUGGGAUAUUAGUUUCGCGUAUCCUCACCAUCAUAAUAACUGAAGACAAUCGGUUCCGGUUUAUGAAGAUUCGUCUCGACCAUAUUGACAAGCUAGUACAGCACGCAGGAGCCGCAGUGCUUGAUGUCUACCUCUACGACAACGGGGUUUAUAUGACAAAUGGUUUGACGGAAAAGGCAGACAAGGUCUCAAUGGUAUUUGAAAAUCAGAUCCAAGGGAUUGGGGUUCGCGAUGUUCUUGAACAGCAAUGUCAAUCCGUCAAGGGAGCCAUGGGCCAAUUCAUGGGUGCCGGCGGUGUCUCUAAGGUUGCCGACCGAAGAAUCUCACCAGAAUCUUUUUUGUGUACGACGGGGGUAGUAAGGGAUUCAAUCACUUUAGAUCCCAAUCUUGGUAAAUCUACAGCACAGAACCGGAAGAAAAGGCCAUCCUUUGCGGCCAUCAUGCUCUCCUUUGACGAGGAAGCCAUACAUGGUUCCAGUGUCCAUUUCGAUUUAAAUGCGUCCCACUCCCAGAAUGAAAGAGAUCAGGAAAGCCCGCCUAUGCGAGGGAAGCAGCUGCCAAACAAUAAUGUUGAUUGUUUGGGCCUCGUAGAUAGUUGGAGAUCAUACCCGUCCAAAGUUGACGAGAUCCCAGAACCUGGAUAUCCUCCUGGGAGCAGUCCCUACGACCGGCAAGGAAAUCCAAGCCCCCAAACAACCCCCAGCAUCGUAAAUCUACCCAAUGGUCAAGAUCAGUUUUUCAAUGGAAACAGUGUUGUUGAGCCGCAGAUUAGUCAGGAAGGGGGUGACACCCAGUCUGUGCUGCCAAGCCUUGCACGACAAGCACUUCGACUCCGGCUCGAACCUUACAACUCCAACUCAUCAACAGAUAGUGUUGGACAACACGAUCAAGGUGUGGAAAGCGGCCUGGACUUGGGUGGCUUGGUGGCUGAGAAAACGUCCACUGUUGAUGACCCCACCGUUGACCCUCAACGACCAGCCGACAUCCUGGUCGAUAAGAAUCCCAACCCAGUUAAUCCGAUAACCAUGGGCCAGCAGAUCAAUGUUCCCCAAAAGCACGUAUCUGGAAUUCAUAAUGAAUUAGAUGUUCCCAAUCAAACUGCAGGCAACCCGAAACUCAAACGGCCUCAUAACCGGAUCAGCAUAUCCAAAGCUAAUCCACUAACUGUUGACUGGGACCAGGAUCUCCGGGUGGAGGACAAUCUGCUUGGUCUACCAGCAAGUUCUUCUAAGAAGCUGAAAGGAACCCCCCCUCAGCCCCAGGGCCCUGCCAAACCCUCCAAAUUAAAGAGCGCCUCAUGUUCAACAAAAAAGAAGAAUAAGAAACUGGCACAAACCCUCCCCCUGACACCACAUGAAGCUCGAACGUCAGCUAAAAGUAAGACGAAGAAAACUGGCCGUCAAGUUACGAAAACCUUGACAUCCGCUCGUCAGCGGCGAGCUGCGGCUGAGAAAGCAAAUCGGAAGCUCGCAUUAGCCAACGAAUAUGAAAAUGCAACUUAUGACUUCGAUGAUCCGAUCGAAUCAAGUCCACCAGAAGACUCGAUAUUGGUUGCCAACCGGGAUAACUGGACCGGAAGCACAGACGUAGUUUCACCUGGGGUAACUCCUGAAGAUGUUCAGGUGCAGCCCAUGCAUUCUAUCGAGGGUGUCGUCGACCUUAAACCAAAUCCUGUGAUGCCAGAAACUUCCAAUCCGGUUGAAAUUGUUGGAUCUGAGCAGACCACGAACAAUAAGGAGACUGGUCACUCUGACUUCCUCAUUGGACGGGUAACCGACCACAAGCUUGAUUUGCAAGGAAGCAAUGUUCCCAGAAGGGAAGCCAGCACCUCCGUUCAACCAAACGAAGAGGGAAAUUCCAAAACCCUAUCCGGUAUUGACAUUCCGCAAUGGAAAACGGUUGUGGGGAAAAAUGUAUCGGAAAUUUCGAAAAACGUUUCUCAGUUCAUCGCACGGCAGGCCGUUGAACAUGACAAGCUGGGCCACUCAGGGGUCCAGGUCGUGGAAAAUACAGAAGGGUCCAUCAAACCAAAUGACGGAACAUACCAGAGUGUACGGGCAGGGAGUCAACCUGAGAAACAUCCUACAAAGCCAAAAGUACAAAGUCAACUUACAGCUGUUGCUGAACUUGACAGUAUCCCGAAUCCUAAUAGUAAUGGUCGAAAUAAAGUUGAAGGAAACAAGAGUGAUGAACUCCUAACAAUGGCAAGAGCGCUUAGAAAAGUUCAGGUUGUAGGUUUCGACUCAAAGGGGCCUAAAAAUCAAUGCGCCAUAUCCGACGGCGCAUCGGGCAGAAAUUCGACGAAAUCUGAUACCAUUAUAAAUAACACUCACGAAAAAGAAGAAGUUUACCUUGGAAAAAAGUGUUCAGAAAAUUGUGCAAACGAUAUAGUCGAAAUCGACGACCUGGAUGAGGUGUCCCUGAUUCCAACGUCGGAUUGUCGUAGAUUGGUGGUCGACAAUCAAUACAGCAACGAAGGCUCCUAUGUCGAUUCUAUCUCGAUUUGUGAAGUUACUCACGUUGAAUUUCGACCGCAAGGCCGGGAUGUGCAACCAAUCCCAACUCAAAGUCAAAGGGUAGAUGAGAAUGGCAGCCCCCAGCCCCUCCACAGAGAUCUCCACGCAAACAGGCUCGCAAGUAGUAAUAUCCCACCUGGUGUUGAACUUCCAAUAGAGAUUUCGGGAACAUCACAGCUAUCAGAGGCUUCGGUUUCUCUGUCUGAAGAGGAAGUUAGGAUUGCGCAUCGUAUGUCGCCAUGUUCUGUUCCUGCCGGUACAUACGUAGAUCCCAUCAGAGCUCAAGAUCUCUCCGCUUCGCGGAAAUCGAAUGCCAUGCCUUUUGCAGAAUCAAGUAGUGAACUCGACCAUGAUAUCAAUAGUUUGGGGGAUGAAGUAUACGACACGCGUAGCAGCAACUGGGACUCAGUCGAGAUUUCCUCUGGGUCAAACUCAAACCUGUCGGAUACUCUAGUGGAAGAGUGUAAGGAUGUGGAAUCCGAGUGGCAGAAUGCGCUGCGAGCCACCCAAAAGACCAGCCUCGACAUUCUGCUAGAAAUCAGCGGUCGUCUCAUUCGACACCUGGUGGAUGAAGAGCAAGCCAUCAUCAAGGUCGUCGACACCUAUAGAAAAGAAGGGGCCACAUUGAUACAGCAACUGGAGCAGAGAUACGGCGAGCAGCUUGUGGAAUGUGAGAAUCGGCUGCAACCAAUCAAGGAAGAGCUUAUUGGGCGUUACGAUACGAUGAUGACUCGUCUCAACGGUGAUAGACAAAGCCUUUUGAAGCAACCGCCAAUGAGGGAUCUUUCCGCAGCUGUCCACAAACGGAAAAGAGUGCUUGUGCAAAUCGAUGCCGUGAUGAAAGCAUACGAGACUGACGCAUAA